UACGUCACGGUUAUACUAAAACCAAGAAUAAGACGGCAGAAAAACAACAAAAAGAUACUUUUUUUUAGAGAAAAGGUGUCGUUUUGCCUCAAAAGCAGAUACAUUUAUUAAAUUUUUUAUUUCUUUAAGAUAAAAAGUGAUUUUUUGGCAUUUGUUUAAAGUAGUUGGAAUAUUUUACAAGUAAAUUUCCAUUGAAAAUGUUAAGAAAUUUAAUAAAAUGUACAAAUUCUUUGGCAAAAACUAAAUGGCAGCCUAUACAAAAAGAAUUUCUUUUAGCAGCGACUGCUAUUGGUUCCAAACGUAAUAUUGGUUUGCAGCAUGGUCAAAAUGAUCCCUACUAUGCGGGUACCAUGGCAGAAGUCAAAGAAGAAAUCAUGAAUCGUUUAGGCUUAGAGGCCGGCUAUUCGCCAGUGCCCAGAACACGAGAACAUCUUUUAAAAUAUGAACCAAAACUAUCCGAUUUACCACCACGCUCUAUGCAAGACUCCUUUACCUCUGCCAUUUUACCCUUAAGUGUGGAUAAGAAUUUACAAGAUAAAUACAUUUCAUUUUUGGGUAAUGUACGUAUGGGACGUUUAAUGGAAGAUAUGGAUUUGUUUGCCGUCUGGGUGUGUCAUCAACAUGUUAAACUUAAUAAUUUGCCGGAAAAUGUUCAUUUGCCUUAUACUUUCGUAACCAUUUUAGUAGAUAAAAUAACAUUUUCUGAUAUGAAGGCUAAAGCCACCGAAGAUGUAAGAAUUUCGGGACAUGUUUCAUGGGUGGGAAAAAGUUCUAUGGAAAUAGUGGUGUGGUUAGAGCAGAAGGAUAAUGGUGUUUGGAGAAAAAUCACUAGAGCUUUGUUUUUAAUGGCGGCACGUAAUGCCACCAAUACAGCAGCUGCUCCCGUCAAUCCCAUACUGCCGGCUAAUGAAGAGGAAACUAAGAUCUUGACUGGCGGUGUGGAACGUAAAAAACGUCGUCAAAUACUACAAGCUUCCUCAAUUUUCAAAGUAGAACCUAAUGACUAUGAACAAUCAUUAAUGUAUGAUUUAUUUAAACGUACUACACCCCAAACCACUAUGGAAUUGAAUAAACGUGUUUUACCGCCCAAAUGUCGCUGGAUGUCGGAUUCAUUUGUUACCAAUACCAUGGCCUCAUUUCCCGAAAAUCGUAAUGCUCAUAAUAAAGUAUUUGGUGGUUUUCUAAUGCGUAAUGCUUUGGAAAUUAGUUGGGUGGGUGCUAAUCUCUAUUUAAAGAGUCGUCCUAAAUUGGAACAUAUAUGCGAUAUUAGUUUCGAACAGCCGGUUAGUGUUAAUUCGUUCAUUAAAAUGACUGCUUAUGUCGUUUAUACCGAUGUUAACUAUUUACAAAUGAUGACUGUGGCCGAUGUUAUAGAUGCUGCUACGGGCAAUCAAUUGACUUCAAAUGUUUUCUAUUAUACUUUCUCUUCAAAGGAUGAGGUGCCAGUGGUUUUACCCAAGUCAUAUCAUGAAACUAUGUGGUAUAUUCAGGGACGUCGUAAGUUUAAGUAUGCUUUGGGUUUGGAGUAAAGAUGAAAUAUUGUGUUUUAUUUUGCCAAUUAAACGAAUUAAGUUUAAAUCUAAAUAUAUGUUAAUGGUUCAUUAAUUACUCAUUUUAUUUAAAGUAUUUCUUUUGUUAAUUAUUGCUUUUAGCUACGAUAUUAAAGUUUUAGUACUUAUUUAUUUAUAUUUCUGAAAUUAUUUCAAUCAUAUCAUUGGUUAAAUAAAAAUUUUCAAAAUCUU